AUGCCACUUAACGCGCUUUUCAAACCGCGUUCGCGUCUCCAGAUCCAAACGGACCAAACCCUUACACAACAUAAGCCAAAGUACAAUACCAAAUCUGCCAGAAGUAGACAACAUACUGACUUGCGCUUCGCAGUGUUGGAGGCACGACUUGAGCAAGCUGAUCUCCUGAAGAAGGUCGUUGAUGCAAUCAAGGACCUUGUUCAGGACUGCAAUUUCGACUGCAAUGACUCUGGCAUUGCGCUCCAGGCUAUGGACAACUCACACGUCGCGCUAGUCUCCAUGAUGCUAAAGGCAGAGAGUUUCUCGCCCUACCGGUGCGAUCGCAACGUCGCGCUCGGCGUCAACCUCACCUCCCUUACCAAAGUCCUGCGCGCCGCCUCGAGCGAGGACAUUUUGACAAUCAAGGCUGAGGAUGCUCCCGAUGUGCUCAACUUGGUCUUUGAGAGCAGCGAGAGCGAUCGGUUGAGCGAGUACGAUUUAAAGCUCAUGGAUAUUGAUCAAGAGCACUUGGGCAUUCCGGAUACUGAGUACGCUGCUACGAUUAGCAUGCCUUCUGCGGAUUUCAGGAAAAUCUGCCAGGAUCUCAUGCUGCUGUCCGAGUCCGUCUCAAUCGAAGCCUCCAAAGACGGUGUUAAGUUCACUUGCGCUGGUGAUAUCGGCAACGGUGCCGUUACCCUGCGAAGUCAUACCAAUGUCGACAAGCCAGACCUCAACGUUGAUAUCGAGCUCACCGAGCCCGUCGCCUUGACCUUCUCCCUUAAAUACCUCGUCAACUUCUGCAAGGCUGCUGGUCUUUCAAAGUCCGUCAAGCUUUGCCUAUCUAACGAAGUUCCUCUGUUGGUUGAAUAUGCAUUGGCGGGAAACAGCUACCUAAGAUUCUACUUGGCCCCAAAGAUUGGUGAUGAUGAGUAA